AUGAGUGGAGCGGAGCAACAACAACUAGUUCCAGCCAACGGCGACGAAAACUGGAAAUCAUCUCUCAACUUGCCAGCAAAGGAUAGACGAUUCAAAACUGCUGAUGUCACCGACACCAAAGGAGUAGAGUUCGAGGACUUCUGCCUCGGACGCGACCUUCUCAUGGGCAUCUUCGAGAAAGGAUGGGAAAAGCCAAGUCCAAUUCAAGAGGCUUCCAUUGGAGUCGCGCUGACUGGACAAGACAUCCUCGCCAGAGCCAAGAACGGAACCGGAAAGACCGGAGCUUAUUGCAUCCCAGUCAUCGAGAAGAUCCAACCAGCUCUCAAGGCAAUCCAGGCUAUGGUCAUCGUCCCAACUCGUGAAUUGGCUCUGCAGACUUCCCAAAUCUGCGUCGAACUUUCCAAGCACAUUCAGCUUAAGGUCAUGGUCACCACAGGAGGAACCGAUCUUCGCGACGAUAUCAUGCGUUUGAACGGAACCGUUCACUUGGUCAUCGCCACUCCAGGAAGAAUCCUCGAUUUGAUGGAGAAGGGCGUUGCCAAGAUGGACAACUGCAAGACACUCGUUCUUGACGAGGCUGACAAGCUUCUCAGUCAGGACUUCCAGGGAAUCCUCGACCGCCUCAUCAACUUCUUGCCAAAAGAGCGCCAAAUCAUGCUGUACUCCGCCACCUUCCCACAAACUGUCACUUCCUUCAUGCAGAAACACAUGCACAAGCCAUAUGAGAUCAACCUCAUGGAGGAGCUGACUCUUCUCGGAGUUACCCAGUACUACGCUUUCGUCCAGGAGAAGCAAAAGGUUCAUUGCUUGAACACUUUGUUCCGCAAGCUCCAGAUCAACCAAUCGAUCAUCUUCUGCAACUCCACUCAACGUGUCGAGCUUCUUGCCAAGAAAAUCACAGAGAUCGGAUACUCCUGCUACUACAUUCACUCGAAGAUGGCCCAAAACCACAGAAACCGAGUAUUCCACGACUUCCGUCAAGGAAACUGCAGAAACUUGGUCUGCUCUGACCUGCUCACUCGCGGUAUCGAUAUCCAAGCUGUCAAUGUCGUCAUCAACUUUGACUUCCCAAGAAACGCCGAGACUUACCUUCACAGAAUCGGUCGCUCAGGACGUUUCGGUCACCUCGGAGUUGCUAUCAACCUCAUCACCUACGAGGACCGUCACACUCUCCGCCGCAUCGAGCAAGAGCUCCGCACUCGCAUCGAGCCAAUCCCAAAGACUGUCGAUCCAAAGUUGUACGUCGCCGAUCAGCAACUCGUCGAUGCUUCCGAGGAAACUACCGCAUAA